AUCUGUUUGACCGGAGCGGCUCGGGCCGCAUGGACGUGUACGGCUUCUCGGCCCUGCUGCGCUUCAUCCAGCAGUGGAGGAGCCUUUUCCAGCAGUACGACAGGGACCAGUCGGGCUCCAUCAGCUUCGAGGAGCUGCAGCAAGCUCUCUCCCAGAUGGGCUACAGACUGAGCCCCCAGUUCAGCCAGCUGCUGCUGUCCCGCUACGCGCCGAGAUCCUCCAACCCCAGCAUCCAGCUCGACCGCUUCAUCCACAUCUGCCUCCAGCUGCAGAGCCUGACGGACGCCUUCCGGGAGAAGGACACGGCGCUGGCGGGCAGCGUGCGCCUGGCCUACGAGGACUUCCUCACCAUGGUGGUGACACGGAUGCUGUGA